GCAGGGCCUCCAAACCUGUUGCAAUUGUCACAUACUUUUGUGGCAAGACUUUGUAGGAUUUCACGCCUGCAGAUGACAGUGUCUACUGCCAAGUUGAUUAAACGUGUUUUGCAGGAAUCAGUGGCCUUCAAGGGUUGUUCCUUUGCAAGCAGCUGCUGGGACACGACUUGAGAGUGGCACGUGAUUUGCAGAUUCCUUGGCUCCCCAUGUUCUUGCGGCAGAAAGCUUUGGAGGUUGACUCCCGCAAUCUGAUAUUUGCCUGGGUUCAACACAGGAUGUCCCAUGCUAUUCUGCUGCUUUGUACGGCCUUGUGUCAAAGAGGCAAGAAAGUGUAUAUUUGCAGUUCAUGAGAGCAGUGCACGUUGCGCAAACAAUUGCCGGGCCUCCAAACCUGUUGCACUUGUCACAUACUUUUGUGGCAAGACUUUGUAGGAUUUCACGCCUGCAGCCGUCAGUGUCUACUGCCAAGUUGAUUAAACGUGUUUUGCAGGAACCAGCGGCCUUCAAGGGUUGUUCCUUUGCAAGCAGCUGCUGGGACAUGACGAGAUAUGACAGACCUGCCAGAUAUACCUUUUACCCAUACCAACGGAUCUGGGGGUUCCUUCACAUCCGCGCGCACAAUUUUUUCAUCGAGGAACAAAUCUCGCAAGAGUGCUUGUAUUGUCCAGACGCUGCAUGCAGUGUGGUAUGCUCUGCCUUUGGAGAGGUAUUGCUUGAGGGGCACCCAAGAAAGGAAUCUAGGGAUGUAGUGUGAACCGUUUUAUGCGUCUUUUGGAGUUGAAGUCGUUGCACUGGAGCCGCAGAUCUUGAAUUUGAAGCGCAAGUUCCUUUCAUUUGAUUGCGAAGGUUGUGGCAGAAGACAAAGUCAACUGAUUGUCCCUCUCUUUAUUUUUUCCGCUUCAGUUCAUUUGAGACAUGACGUGCAUAAAUCCCUUCCGGGUUGUGCUGAAGUCCAGUUGCGAUUGUGUCAGAGACACCGCAGUGUCAGCGAAGUCCAUACCCUUGAUGCUCUCCAGCUGGGGGACCACGGAUUGGCAUGCCCACUCUCCAGUUCUUUCGUUGGGAGGGCAUCAAAAGAAGUUCGGCUUAAUGUUUCAACCUGGGUCAUCAAGGAGAGCACAAAAUGCAGAGAGAUUUGUCUUGCGCUUCGCGGUACGAGAUGAGGACAGCGAGUCUCCCAAAGCAUUCUCCCACUCCCGGUUUUUACUGAUUCCACCCAGCCUGCUAUGAUUUUUGAUUCUUGAAGAAUGGCAAGAUGGCGCAGCUGUGGGUAGUUGACCGCCAAAAGAUAGGCACAGCAUGUGAUUUGGAAAAGCCUCAGCUUCCCACUCUGUUCUUGCAGCAGAAAGCUCUGGAGGUUGACUCCCGUAAUAUGAUGUUUGCCUGGGUUCAACACAGGAUGUCCCAUGCUAUUCUGCUGCUUUGUAUGGCCUUGUGUCAAAGAGGCAAGAAAGUGUACAUUUGCAGUGCAUGAGAGCAGUGCACGUUGCCCA